GUGAAGGCCCAGGUGAAGCGGCGACCAGGCAGAGGAAUGGCGACCAUACUCGCGGGCCGCCGCCUGCUCCUCCUGCGGCGAUGCGCGGCCGGGCGGCGGCUGCUGGGCACGGCGGCGGAGGCGUCUCCGGGCGGGGAGGAGGCGGGGGGCGAGGCGAUCUACGUGAGGAAUCCCUCGUCCUCGUCGACGCGGGACGAGACCUCGGUGUCCAUGCCCAUGUCGUUCAUGACGGGGUCCGUGGUGGGGAAGCGCUUCUACCGCGACGCCACCGUGCGCCGCGCCGACGACGGCAACGGGUGGACGGUCAUGCUCGACUACCGCACCCUCAAGACGCCCGCCAAGCGCCCGCUCAAGCUGCACUCGCGCACGCUCGCCAUGGCCGUCGCCGCCGAGUGGGAGUACCAGGAACAAGAUGGAAUCCGGCCUUUUACGAUGCCUCUUAUGAAGCUUGCUUGUACUGCACUGGAGAGAGUUCCGCUGACACGAACGAAAAUAAUUAGCAAUUUGAUGCAAAAAUUCCAUCAAGAUUUGGUAUUUUGCCGCUCACCUGCCGAUGAUGAACUUACCAAAGGAGUUUAUGAAAAACAGAAGGAGAAAAUUGACCCAAUACUGGACUGGGUCAACUCUGAGUUUGGGGUCAAGCCUGUUGUGUACACAAGUUUCUUAGGAGGGAAGCAGGAUGAGCGGCUAGCUAAGGCUGUAGAAACCGUUCUGAAGGAUGCAAAUGAUUAUGAGCUGGCAUCUAUUGAUGCUAUGGCCGCAGCAGCCCAUUCCCUGGUAAUCCCUCUCGCAAUAUUUAGAGGAAAGUUGGGAGUUGAUGAAUCCAUUGAGCUAAUCAGGCUUGAAGAAGAUCACCAGGUCGAUCGAUGGGGCUUGGUUGAAGGAGGCCAUGAUGUUGAUAUUGCGGACCUUAAAGUCCAGAUGUCAUCGGCUGUUGUGUUCCUUCAACUUUCAUGGCUGAAGUAACCUUUUGAUCGAUGAUAAUCUGCGUAAUUGUUUCUGCUUUUUUUUCUCGAGCUUGUAUCAUGAAGAGUUGUAGAAUAAUAAUUAGCCGCAGAUGGUUAAGAGAAAACAAAGUACCGGUAUUCAACAGGUGCUGAUGCUGAACUCUUGAUUAAGCAGAGCUCAGUGUGUUAUGUUAGCAAGGGUGUAUGAAAACCCAACAUCCUUUUCUGGAUCCCAGUGGUCUCUGGUUAUGAAGGGUAAAAUGCAAUCAAUAGCAGAAUUCUGGUUUGGUGUGA